AUGUCGGUACCAUGGCGUCUGGAAUCAGAUCCACGUUCUCACGACUCAUGCCCAACAUCGGAGGUCCCAAGCAAAGAAGACGCGCUGCUGUCUUCAGUGGUUACGUCAGUGCUCACGUAUGGCAUUCCCAUCUCGGCUGACGUACUCCAGUUGCAAGAAACACGGCGUAGGAUCGCACCAGUCUAUCGGCUGAGUGCCCUCAGAGUCGCGAGUGCACACCGAACGGUAUCUGAGGAUGCAGUGUGUGUCAUCGCAGGAAUGUUACCGAUAGAGAUACUAGCUGAGAAGCGAAAAUUCCUGUACCAGCGGAAGAGAUCAAAAACGUUGAGCCCCGAAGAAUUGGCAACAGAAGAGAGGCGAAAUAGCUUGAGGCCAUGGCAACUGAAGUGGGAUAAUUCUACGAAAGCGAGAUGA